GUGAGGUUGGGCCGUACUUAGUGAGACAGCGCGGUUGAUCUGGGCUUCGGGAUCAACUGUGGUUUGUUGGCUCGUGGCUAAGUCGGUCGCUCGGCUUCCAUUUCAGUUGGAACUUCCAGCACUCAAAGUCAAACCGUCUCUCUGAGAAAUCGAAUUUGCAGAAAAAUUGAGAAGAAACCAUGAAAAUCGUCCGUAAGGACCUUGUCCCAGACGGACCGGGAAGCGUCAAGAUGGUACCUGUGGAUUCGGAUGAUUUAUGGUAUGCCUAUAACUUGAUAGCUCCUGGGGACUCUGUGAUGGCUGUAACUGUGAGGAAAGUUAUUAGAGAAGCGGCUUCUGGUGGAAGAGAUGCAGAGCGUGUAAAGCUGAAGUUGGAAAUUAAAGUUGAAGAGGUUCCAGAUUAUGACAAGGUGGGUUCUGUCUUGCGUAUACGUGGAAAGAACAUCCUGGAGAAUGAACAUGUAAAGAUAGGAGCGUUCCAUACUUUAGAACUUGAGCUGAAUCGGCCUUUUGUAUUAAGAAAGGAUUUAUGGGAUUCAUUGGCGUUGGAUGUACUUCAACAGGCUUCUGAUCCUGCUGCAAGUGCGGAUCUAGCUGUUGUCUUAAUGCAAGAAGGAUUAUCACAUAUUCUGCUUGUUGGUAAAAGUAUGACAACUACUCGUUCACGGAUAGAAACUUCAAUACCACGCAAGCAUGGACCUGCUAUUGCUGGUUAUGAAACGGCAUUAAAUAAGUUCUUUGAGAAUGUCUUACAGGCAUUUCUGAAGCAUGUUGAUUUCAAUGUCGUUCGAUGUGCUGUGAUUGCUAGCCCAGGUUUUACAAAGGAUCAGUUUCAUCGUCACUUACUAUUGGAGGCGGAGAGAAGACAACUGAGACCCAUUAUUGAGAACAAGUCGCGCAUAAUUCUUGUGCAUACAAGCUCAGGAUACAAGCAUAGUUUGAGAGAGGUUCUGGAUGCUCCCAAUGUCAUGAAUAUGAUCAAAGAUACUAAAGCAGCACAAGAGGUCCGAGCUCUUGAGGAUUUCUUCAGCAUGCUUUCAAAUGAUCCAGCUCGAGCAUGUUAUGGACCCAAGCAUGUUGAGGUUGCCCAUGAGCGCAUGGCUGUUCAAACACUGCUAAUCACAGACGAUCUCUUCAGGAAUGCUGAUAUCGCAGCCAGGCGAAAGUAUGUCAAUUUAGUCAAGUCAGUGAAGGAUUCGGGUGGUACUGUCCAUAUAUUUUCAUCUUUGCACGUCUCCGGAGAGCAACUGGCGCAGAUAACUGGCAUUGCAGCAAUCCUUCGUUUCCCUCUUCCAGACUUGGAAGAUAUAGAGAUGUGAUGAAACACUACAUGAGAAAAAUCUCGAUCUUGUCAUUACAUCCGGUGAAUCAACUGUAUAUGUUCUCCUCAGUUCUCCAUGUAUAUUGUGAGCAGUGGUUGAGCGAUAGGUUGAGAAGAAACCUGCAUAAUGGUUCAGUCAUUUGCGUGUUUGCUUUUUUGUGUCUUUUUCUUCUUCUUCUUCUUCUUUCACUUGAAUGAUUGGUUGUUGUUGCUUUUGCUGGCAACUGAUCCGUUGUAUGUGAUUCUUUGAACUCAAUUGUUUAAAAGGAUCUUUAAGGUGUCGCAUAAUAACCAAUACAGAGCUUUCAACAAUCGAGUAUCAUUGAUUACACA